CCGCCAUUUUCUGCCUCUCCCGCCCAAUUUCCUCACUCUCAGACACACACCCAGAGGGAACCGUGAAACUGCAGAUCCAGAACUAGAAAGAGAAGAUCGAGAGAAUAAACCAUUUUCUCCUUUGUUCAUUUCUCAUUUCAGUUGAGGAGCUAUGAGUGGUGCAAUGAGAAAUAAAGUGCAAAGAAAAUUCAAGAUGAGAGGCUACACGCUGAAAGUGGAAGCCCUCUCCGGAAUACUUUCAUUUGUUAGCCGUUUCCCGGAAGCAGAAGACGAAGCCCUCGAUCUCCUCCUCGACGAGCUCCACCACUCCUCCCUGAAGUCUUCGAUACUGGAUAAGGAGUCGGUGCACCGAGUUGUGAGUCUUUUGCUGGAAGCCGAGGCCGCGGUGGAGGAGAGUCCAACAAGUAGUGGUUAUGGUUCAGCAGCUUCUGCUCUUCGGAUAAUUCAUGCAUUUGAUUUCCCCAAAUUUCAUUAUGAUCCUAUCAAGAAGAAUUUUCACGAACAUACAGGGAAGCUUCCAAUUCACGGCGAUGCAUCCGCCAAAGCCACAUUAUACAGGGAUAGGUUUCUCUUGUUGUUUCAGAGGCUUUCUCGCGACCCCCAUUUUUCUAGGCCAGUUUUUGAUACUGACAUUUCUGAUUACGGAAGCUGUCAGAUAUCUACAAUUCAAUCUCUUGUUGGGCAAAGAGGAAAAAGAUGGGUGAUGGGUUUGAUAUCUCAAUUGGAGGAUGGUCAUUUCUACUUGGAAGACUUGACUGCAGCUGUGGAAAUUGAUUUAUUCAAUGCAAGAAUAACAACAGGAUUUUUUUCGGAAAACACAAUAGUACUAGCAGAAGGCGAGAUGCUGUUAAAUGGUAUCUUCCAGGUAAAAACGUGUGGAUUUCCUCCGCUAGAGGACAGAGAAAAGUCAGUUGCAUCGUUUUCUGGACUUGACUAUUUUGGGAGUGGUUCCCUUACAAAAGAGGAGACUCUUAGACUUGCAGAGCUAGAAACUGGGGCUGUAAAGGACAUGUUUGUUGUUCUUUCUGAUGUUUGGCUGGAUAAUGAGGAGGCUAUAGGAAAUCUCGAGACCGUCCUCAGUGGUUACGAGAAUGAGGAAGUUGUUCCUUCUCUGUUUGUUUUCAUGGGAAAUUUCUGUUCUCAUCCGUGUAACCUUUCCUUUAAUGCUUACUCAAGUCUGAGAUCGCAAUUUGGGAAGCUGGGUCAGAUGAUUGCAUCCCAUCAACGUCUAAAAGAACUUAGUAGAUUUCUUUUUAUUCCUGGUCCUGAUGAUGUCGGACCUUCAACAGUUCUACCUAGAUGCCCUCUGCCGAACUACAUAACUGAGGAGCUUCAAAAAUACAUUCCAAAUUCAAUAUUCUCAAGUAAUCCAUGCAGAAUCAAGUUUUAUAGCCAAGAAAUCAUAUUUUUCCGUCAGGAUAUACUUUAUAGAAUGCGCAGGGCAUGUCUAAUGCCCCCAUCUACAGAAGAAACCAGUGAUCCAUUUGAGCACCUUGUUGCUACCAUAACGCAUCAAAGUCAUCUCUGCCCUUUGCCUUUGAGUGUACAACCCAUUAUCUGGAACUAUGAUCAUUGUCUUCACCUCUAUCCAACUCCACAUACGAUAGUGUUGGGGGAUAGAAGUGAGCAGAAGGCAUUCAAAUACACAGGAAUUACAUGCUUUAAUCCUGGUUCCUUCUCAAAUGACUCUACCUUUGUGGCAUAUCGACCUUGCACUCGGGAAGUUGAAUUAUCAGCCUUGUAAGUACAUAGAAAUUGCUUCAGUCUUGGGAUAUAAAGAACACUGAAACAUCAACCUUGCUCUCAAGAACACUUCAUUGUAGUAGUACUAAAGAAGGUUAAUUAUUCAUUAUACAGAAGAAUGUUAAAUUAUGCCACUGAUAAAAAUCAGUUGCCAUCCUUGUAUCAUCUAGUUAUAUUAGAAGAGUAUAAUUUGUACUCAAAGUAUUAUUUUCAUUCUUUUAUGGUGUUUACUCAUUUCUGAUU